GUGUGUUCGGGUGCUCUGGUACGGUUGGGUCACGUCGCUCCGACAUCUCCCCUUCUGCCGCAGCGGACGGAUCGCCCAUCAUUCUUAUUCUCCACAGUUUUUCUCCAAGCAACAUUGGUCCCCCUGCAGCCAGCUAUUGUGCAGCGGAGGGAGUCAGGCAGCUUCAUCGUGGAGGUCGUGCCACUAUUAUUCCUUCGCAACCCACCACAACCUCCGCGGACGCCCAGCAGGAGUAGCCUCCCACCAAGUGAGGAGAUGCCUCGAUGCUACCUCGUCAAGAAGCAAAUCCGCACAUGGGCCAACAACCACCACCACCACACCCACCACGCAGUCACAUCUGGAAACGACGAGGGCGGGAACGAUCCUCCUCACCGCAGCAUCACGACGACCACUGUGGACAGCACGAAUGCUAACAGGAUGACCAUCAUCAGCCCGCCGAGCAACCUUCUCCCACUCCACCGUCGGUUUAGAACAGCGGAGGAGGAGGCCAUUGCCCAAGACCUGCUCCAACUUUCACGCUCCCUUCCGCCCUUGCACCACAAGGCCACCACGCCCGUCCUGGUCUCUGCCAGCACUCUGUCCUCACACCCCUUGACCCCGCCAGACACGCCCUCUCAUGCCCAGGACAUUACCACGCUCACGGCUCUGGAAGUAGACCACUCGCACCACCAACAUCACCACGUCAACGUCAUCACCCACACCUCCACCCCACUCACCCCUUCUGCCUCGGAAUAUUCUUCGGACGCGGAAAAUGUGUGUCCCGUGGAGGAGGAGGAGGAAAAAAUCUCCUCUGAUCCCCUGCAGCAAGAUGAGGAAGAAGAUGACGACGAGGAGGAGGAAGAGGAGGAAGAGGACGACUAUGACAUGCAAGAAGAUGACGACUCGUCAUUUCGUGGUCACACACGCAGUCACCGACCAAGGCGGAGUUAUGACCAAGACGAAGAUUCCUCCUCCUCCUCUUCGCAAAGAUGCUACAACUACAAGGAUCUCGCUGCUUUGGAUGGGCGCCGGUCGUCGCGCCGUGUUUCGAGUCGUCUCCUCAGCAAGAGGCAGUCGACGAAUGGGCGAAGGAUGAAUAGCAAUAAUAGUAAUGCAAGUAAUAAUAAACGUCCCAGAACCGUGACCCCGCCACCAUCAGAUUACGAAAUGCAUUCUUCAGAUGAGUUUGAGGACGAGGACGAGGACGACGAUUCUGACUACGACCUCGACUAUGAGGAGAUUGAAGGGAAAGUGCGGCGGGGAAAGUGGCGAGGACCUAAACCCAGGUCGCCCUCGUCCCCAACACCAUCCAUCUCUUCGUGCGACUCGAAGCAUCUUCAACGUUUCACGUGUGGCGAAUGCGGGAAGCAUUACGCCACGUCAUCGAAUCUAUCCCGACACAAACAGACUCACCGGUCGCUCGACUCCCAAAAUGCAAAGCGGUGUCCAACCUGUGGCAAAGCGUAUGUUUCAAUGCCUGCACUUUCAAUGCACAUUCUCACGCACAACUUGACCCACAAGUGCGACAUUUGCUCCAAGUCAUUCUCACGCCCCUGGCUCCUCCAAGGUCACAUGAGAUCCCACACGGGAGAAAAACCCUACGGCUGUGCAGACUGUGGGAAGGCUUUCGCAGACCGCUCCAACCUGCGGGCGCACAUGCAGACCCACUCGGGCGCUAAGAACUACUCCUGCGACCGUUGUCACAAGUCAUUCGCACUCAAGUCCUACCUCAACAAGCACACGGACUCUUCCUGCUUCAAGGACUAGACGAAUUGCUGCUGACCAUGCAAGGACAUUUCCAUUCGGUCUUCUGGUCAGGUGGGGUGAGAGGUUUGUGUGAGAGUCCAGUUGUGGGGUGAGGUUGGACUGAAUAACCAAAGCAAUAAAUGUUUCCGUAUGUGCAUGCAUGCCACGACAUAAUGUCUAAAUUUUAAUAUGAUCGUACUACUUUCACUAACUACUGAACUCUGCUCAACGUGUGUGUCUGUUGUCAAUUGUCGUCGUCGUCGUCGUACUUACUGUCGCUGUCAAUGAUUGUUGUUUCGUCAGCUUUCUCUCUGCUUCCAGGGCGUAACUAACUACUUGUAAUGUGAGAGUACAUCUGGGCGUGGGGUGUGUUUGGCAUCGUGGAGUGAUGAUGAUGGGUUUUAGUGUCUUAGUCUCGAGUGAAUUAAAACCGAAGCAAUACUACUUCUACUACUUACUACUUGUGUAUGUACUUACUUACUUACUACUACUUGAUUAGGACGGAAUAAGGUAUCCACAAAAUAAAAAUCUACUUCUGAGCAAUAUUUCUGUGCUUCACAAACUAUGUAAAAAAACUGUGUAUUCAACUCAAGGUCAAUUUCUCACUUUCCCUGUUUAAAAUACGGCCAUCGGCGUCUCCUCGCCAGCCAGCAACUAUGUAAACUAUGUAUCAAACUAUAUUGUAAAUAUCCAAGUACCACUGUUCUCUCUUUCUGUCAACUAAUAAUCGUAGCGUUGGGUGGUAAUUAUAGAGAGCUGUCUAAUGGUCACGCUUUGUCUACCAAUCACUGUAAUCAUACAUUUGUAUGUAUGUAGUCAUAUAAUGCCAACUUUACUCUCUGUGCUCUUGCACUGUGUUUUGAAUCUAUCGUAAAGUCGUGAAUAUAAUUAUUUAUGUAACACCAUCAAAGUCACCACUACAAACAAACAAAAACAAAAUGUCGUUCCAUAAUAACCAAAUUCAGCAGCUGUACUUACUGAUCUGUGUGCAGUGUUUCAAGUCAUUCUCGUCUAUUGUCUUUUUGUAGUGGUUGGUAUGUAAAUGCGUUGGUCCAUGUGGGGUGACCCUUGGCUCACUCCCUUCCUGAUAUUAUAAAUGUGUUACUCAUUACCUUUGGUUGUACCUAAAAAUACUUGAUUGCACUCCGCUCUAUACUUACGUUCAGUUAUUACAAAGAGUCGUGAUCUCAUCACUCGUCGUUAGUGUAUUAAAUGCAAACUUAUUACUUAUGAACUAGUCACAAUUUUGAGUCAAGUUUUGAUCUCAUCUCUCAUUGUACAAUGAAUUCGUGAAUAAAAAAGGCUGAUUUUACUCGGAAA